ACUUCGUUUCGUUGGAUCCAAACCUCUCUCUCUCCUAUUGUUUCCUUCCUUGAUCCAUCCACGAAAGAGAAAUCUCCGGCGCCGGAACAAGACGACGGUGACCAUGCCGAAGCUCACGCUUCUCCUCUUCCUAACAUCUUUACUUUUCUCCACCUCCUCCUUCGCUUUCCAAUCAGACGAGCUCCUCAUCGACGACGAGGAGUUUGGUCUCGAAGGAGCCAAUCCUCGUUCGCCGGAACAAGUUUUCACCGAUUCACCGGCGUCGUUUUCACCUCCGAAACAGACUCCGAGUAUCCGGAAACGAUACUCGGAUCCUGAUUUGGACUCGAAGAUCCAAUUCACUCUCGAACAUGCCUUCGGAGACUCUGGUUUCUCCUCCGCCGGCACUUUCUCCGCUCGUCUCAAAACUUGGAGCCAUGGUGGUCAGACAUUAACGAAACUGCGGUUCUCGAGGAACGACUUCUCUGAUGAAGAGAAAGAUGCGUUCAAAAAUCUGUUGAAAGGAGAUGACUUUUAUAGAAUCAGACUUCCAUCUAGCGUAGUCAGUCCACCUGGGAGAGAGUUUGUGACUGCAUCAGUGCGAGCGAGAUGUCUUCCACGGAAUGGUCUGGAUGAGCAUAUCGUAAUACACAUGGAUGGUGCCAAUAUUUUGGCAGUCAGUUAUGGCUCUCCUGGAUCAUGCCCGUAUCCUCGACAGUUGAAACUUCCAGGAAAAUGGUCAUUCAACUCCCACACUAUCUUGAAGAGUAGUGAGCAGGCACCAAGAACACCGAUAUUUACAGAGGAGAUUCUUGGCAGCAGCGAGAAUGUGGAAAGUGAAGCAGAAGUGCCCGUAGAGAGAUCAUUUUGGGCAAAAUAUUGGAUGUACUUGAUACCACUUGGACUCAUAGUGAUGAAUGCUGUGACACAAGCUACUAACAUGGCGGAAGAACAACCCGCAGGGUCUCAAGGGCAAGCAGCACCAGCAGCGAUUCAGCGCGGUUCAGGCUCAGCUGCAACCAGGAGAAGAUGAUGGUUCCUUUCUCAAUUUCUUUUUUAAUUUUGAGCAUUUGAUUUUUUUACAUAUAUAAUGGCAGACGAUAUUUAUCACUCAGUUGUUUGAUAAAAUGCAAAAACGAUUCAUUAAAUAUUCAAAACGAUUGUUCAAAGGACAAUGGCCAAGUCAAAUUAAGAAAAAACCACACAAAAC